AUGCAAGUAUUCUUUCCGAUGUGUUGGGAUGGAGUCAACUUGGAUAGUCCCGAUCACAGGUCUCAUAUGGCGUAUCCUACAAGAUACAACAGCGGAGAUUGUCCUUCAUCACAUCCAGUUCGUCUUGCUGGAGUCUUCUAUGAGGCUUUCUAUUCUGUGGACCAAUUUCCUCAUGGUCAAGGAACUCAGCCUUUCGUUCUCGCUAGCGGUGAUCCAACCGGUUAUGGUUUUCAUGGCGAUUUUGUUAAUGGCUGGGACACUGAUGUGAUGGCUGCUGCGAUCGCCAACGACACCUGCAGCGUCGAAAACACGAAUUACGGAAAUAACCCCGAAAAAUGCUUGCCUCUAAAGCCUUUUGUGAAGGCAAGAAAUGACGAUAGUUGCGAGUUGGCAGUGCCUGUUCCCUUGACGGAAAACAUCGGUAUGGUCGAAACCAUCGAUAGACUUCCUGGAUGUAAUCCUAUUACAUACAGCAAUGCCGCCCCGUGUACAGAUGGGGCCGCUCCAAGUACCAUGAAUAACGCUGUGUUAGCCAAUGCCUCCACUGUAGCUCCGAACUAUCGUCAAGUGUGGGGUGUUGGAUGGGCUUCUCAAGGGCGUACCAUUCGAAACGCCGAACAUCUUAUUCUUCCGACAAACCAAGUUAUCAGCUACACAGUUAAACGUAACAAAAUGCUUCGUAUCAAAUCUAACACCGUCAAUGAGUCCAAAUAUGUGCCUUUCAAAUCAGUCUCGGUUGACACAAAAAUUCGCUCAUUUUGUGCUGAUGUUACUAUCACACAAUUAUUUCAAAACGAUGAACAACAACCGAUUGAGGCUGUGUAUUGUUGCCCAAUCGAGGAGAAUGCCGCCAUUUAUUCAUUUCUGGCCAAAGUUGAUGAUCGAGAAAUCCGAGCUCACCUGAAAGAAAAGAAACAAGCUCAACAAGAGUAUUCGCAAGCUCUUCAGCAGGGACACGGAGCAUAUUUGGUAGAACAAGGUGAACAAUCCCAAGAUAUGUUUCUUAUUAAUGUUGGUGCGCUUCUACCACGAAUAUGCCAAAUAUAA